AUGUACCCGUGUAAUUGGACUGGCGUCACCUGCGAUCGUUCUUCUCACUCUGUCGUCGCCCUCAAUUUAUCGAGCAUGAACUUACACGGCACAAUCUCUCCUGUCGUAGGGAAUCUCUCCUCUCUUCGAUCCCUUGACCUCUCCAAAAAUGCCCUCGCUGGUACAAUUCCAUCUCAACUCGGCCGACUUCCCCAUCUGCAGGUACUCUGGCUCUGUAGCAAUCAAUUGCAAGGAACCAUUCCUCACUCUUUAGGAAACCUCUCCGCCUUAGUUGGAUUGGCUUUGGGACAAAAUGAUCUGACAGGUACCAUUCCUCCUGAGUUGGGCAUGCUCCCUCACCUUCAGCUUCUUUACCUUUGGGGAAAUAAUUUAUCUGGCACCAUUCCUUCCUCUUUACGAAACCUGUCCGCCCUAGUUGAACUGGAUUUGGGAAUAAAUAAUCUCACAGGUACCAUUCCAUCCACUCUCUCCGGUUGCCGGCGUUUGUAUGACCUGAGACUCAGCUUUAAUCAACUGCAUGGCAACGUUCCACACGAGCUGAGUCUCCUCACGAGUUUGAAGGUUCUUUACUUGGGAGCAAACAAUCUCAUCGGUACCAUUCCCUAUUCUUUUGGAAACCUAUCCGCCUUAGUUGAAUUGGAGCUGGCAACAAAUUAUCUGAGUGACACGAUUCCUCGUGAAUUGGGUAUGCUCCCUCAUCUUCAGUCUCUUAACCUACGGGGAAAUAAGUUAUCUGGCACCACUACUGAUUCUUUAGGAAAUCUGUCUGCCUUGACUGACCUAGAUUUGCUUGUAAACCACCUCCAAGGCACCAUUGCUAGUUCCUUAGGAAAGCUGUCUGUCUUGAAGUUUUUAGAUUUCUCAGAAAACCAUCUCUGA